CAAAACAAAGUUUAAUGCGUAAUGAUCUCCACAAGGAACAAGUGGGCUAUUGGCUGUCUCCUAUUAGCCAGUUUUUCCAUUCACAUAACGUCAUCUCAGGAGGGCCAAGCAGCUCAAACUCCAUCUCCAACUCCAAAUGCAACAGAACCAAAUAACCCAACUCUGGCAGUUACUGAAAAUAAAGUGGAAAACAAAGAGAAUGGCACAACAAAAGGUCAGGACUACUGCGAUCCCUCGUUGUGCAAGGAAGGAUUAAUACAUGUGGCAUGCAACCAGUCACUCGAACUUCACCACACAUGCUCUUUGGACGCUGAAGUUCUAGACAUUAACGAAAAGCUGCAAAAGUUCUUGGUGGAUCGCUUUAACGAGUUGCGGGACAGCGUGGCCAAGGGCGGAUACAAUGGAUUGAGUCCGGCUGCCCGGAUGGGCACUUUGAAGUGGGAUCCGGAACUUUCCCACUUGGCAGAGUUUAAUGUGCAGAAUUGCUUCCUGAAAAACGAUGAAUGUCGCAACACAAAAACGUCAUCCAACGCUGGCCAGAUUGUCGGCUAUCGAGCCGUCAAGGGAAACAUCCCAGAGCUGGAGGACCGUCUUAAGGAUAUAACUGGGUUGUGGAUGCGAGAGAGCACAGGCAUUUCCAUGUUGGACAUAAUGAAGUACAAGCAUCCUCAAGCAGGGUCCCCAAAGUACAACUUCGUGCAGAUCGUAUUGGAGGACGCUGAACUCGUGGGCUGUGCUAUUCUUCAGCAGACCCAGAACCACUGGCUGCAGACACACUUUACAUGCAACUUUGGAAACGCCCCAGUCGUGGGUGCCACCGUGUACGAGAACAGCCCACAGGCCGGAAAGUCCUGCAAGACCGGAAUGAACCCCAAACACGUGCAUCUGUGCUCCGCAAGCGAGACUUACGAAAAAAUAGCACCAAAAGUUGAGAAUUCCUCAAAUGCCACGGUUAAUGCAAGGACUGUGAAGAAGGUUGGAAUACAACGCAGAGAUGGAGGAGCAGUAACACCAGCAGCCGAUGGAGCAGUAACUCCAGCAGCCGAGGGAGCAGUAACUCCAGCAGCCGAGGGAGCAGUAACUCCAGCAGCCGAGGGAGCAACUCCAGUGCCAGGUGGCAACACCACCGCUCUUUCACCAGGAAAUGAGGCACCUGGAGCAACACCAGGUGGUAAUGACACAGCUAUAGUGGAUGGAUUAUUGGAACCCAUCCCAACUCCACCCCCAAAGGAUGCACUGCUGAAAAAGUUUGCCCGCUUCCUGAUGUUGAUGGAAGAAGCUAAGUUACACAAUGGUCGUCGCAAGAUCGUAAUCAUAACCAGCAACCAUGAGGUGGACGAUAACCGCAUGGAAGCAAUCCCGGAUCCUGAUCUUGAUUCUGCCAUGCAAAGGAGUCUGAGAAGUAGACGUCAUAAAUUGCAACGUAGUAGAUUAAGAGGUCGGACCAUGAGGCAGGGUUUCUUGGGGCACGCGAGAAGUCGCCCUGGACGCAGUCAUCACCGGGUUUUCUAUCCCGCUCCCGAGUGGAUCGUCGUAAGUUAAAAGCUGGCUUAUAAAUCCUCUUAACAAUUCGAAAAUAUACAAUUUUAAACGAAAA